AUGUCGGUUGUUAUGAAAAAAACCGGCAUUGAAAUCUUCCCUGAAAAUGGAGACUCCUCAGGACUUCCAGUCACUUUAGUCCCUAUCAAACGAGUUAUACGCUCAAACAUUCCAUGGUCCUAUUUCGCUCUUCAACUCGAAAACAAUCCUUCUCUUUCUCGACCAUUUAUUCUCUCUCUUCCACACAACCCGUACUCAUCUUCAGAUCCGUGUCCUUAUGCAGAAAUGUUCAAUACUCCUUAUGAUUCCAUGGGGUGUCCGGUAAUCGUCUUUGCCAAACUCGCGUCACCCAAAUCGAAAAAAGUAAGCAUUGUGUUGGUUGCACAUGUCCACGCGUCCGUAUGGUCCAUAAUAAGACUUCACAAAAAUGUCUCCAUGAAAGAUAUCCGUAGCUUGCCAUCGUUUGAUCAUACUCAUGAUCAAAAAGGCCAGCAAAAGGGAGUCUUAUCACAGACACUAAGUCUCCCCCAUCUUUCGGCAUCCGCAUUUAUGGGGGCUCUUGCACAAUCAUGUACAGUCGAUCCUAUCUCCAGCAAACCUAGAAAGUCUCAGCAUACUCUUUUGUUAACCCCACCAAACUCUCCAGUGAAACCCCUUCAACAGGCUCCUCCACAACAGCAUUCACAUGUCAGUGUUCCUCCUGUACAUGCUCCACGUAAACACGAGACACAGUUGACCACAAAAAACAUUGGCCAGUACGUCAAGCAAAAGUAUUACGAGUCGCUCUACAUUUCCAAAACUCCCAUCUCAUACUUUGCCAAAUCCACUUUGUCCCGUGCUCGUGCCGUUUGCAACAUUGAUAUUAAUAAGCCUAUACUCGAGCAAGACCUUGAAAUACAAAAAAUUACUCUUGCCGGCAUUGAGGUGUUAGUUCCAGUGCUCACAACCAUGCUUAUGGAUCUGCAUGAUUUGGAUUCCAAGUACGAACGCCAAAAUUUUUCUCAAGCCUUAGAAGCACUUGAUUACCGGACAGAUAAUGGAUUUGAUCAGUUUGCAGCUAGUGCAUAUGAAGAGCUGGAACUCAAAUGUUUCAAGUACUGGAAAAAGAGUGCAAUUGCCCAUCAUCCUGAUACAUUUAAUAAAGGUACUGGCCACCCCCACAAUAUCAGGGCUGGAACUCCAAUGGAAGAUUCAGAUGAAAAAGAAACAACGUUAGAGUCUCUGGUUGAUUUGCUCAAGGUCCGUGAAAUCCAAUUGCAGCUAAUUGUGGUACUUGAAAUUUUGGCACUUUACCAGGUUUACACUGAGCUGCGAGGUAACAACAAUGAACAGGAUGAAAAUAGAGGGAAAACAAGCAAGAAAAAUAAGAAAAAGAAAAAGAAACGGCGACUGGCAAUUGGACCUGCAGCUGCUGCAAAAGCCCAGCAACAAGACUCGUUUUCGUCGGGAUACAGUCGGCCCGUUUUGUUUACAUCACGGUACGAAGAUGACGAUGACUCUAGCGAGAUUAUUAAUAACAAUGGCCAGAAAACAGGGGAUGUUUAUGAUGGGGAAACGGAUGACGAUGAGAAAGACACGGAUUUUCUUUACGCUAAAGGAAGAAGGAUUUUCCGGGGAACACAAAAAAAGGAAUGGGACGCGGUUGCCGACAUUUUGUUUGACCGGCUGUGUAUCUGGCAGGCCAUUGCACCAGAGCCCGUUUCGGAUUUACUGGGCAGCAGUAGUAACAUCAACAACAACAACAACAACAACAGCAGCAGCAGCAACCUACAAACCAGUUCCGGCUUGACCUCGAGUCGUCGACAUUCGUCUUUUAUCACGUCUUCUUCAGGAUCAGCAGCAGCUGCUUCAAUAGCUGUGUCGUCGUUUCGCCUUAAAACUCCGGCGCAAGCCGCUGCAGAGGCCGACAAGGCCCAGGAGUUUUGCCGUGAAGUUGUAUUGCCGUUUUUCAGUGCACGGCUGCGCGAAAAGUGCCGGGCAUUCAUCAAAACGGCAAAGGGAAUAAGCGGGCACCGGUCUACUACAGGAUCGUCAACAGCUUCUCGCAGACAGUCACGGGCUGGCCCGGGUACUGGGUUGUCACGCUCAGGGACUCCGCCGCCAAUGGGUGCUGAACAACUUGCUAGAGGUAACUCAAGUUUUAUUGGUGUACAACUGGGAGCCCCGGGGUCUGUAGCUGGCCCAGCUUCGUCAUUACAAUUACAACUGCGUCUCGAGGAAAUGGCAUGCGGCAGCAAUGGAAUGUCAGCUACUCGCAAAAAGAGUUUAUCACGAUCCGUGUCUAUGAUGGCAGCUGCAGCCGCAAGCUCGUUGGACCACUCAUUUGACGGUGGCAUAAGUGUUGCCAACAGUCCUGCAUUAUCUUCAUCGCGGGGCGAAUCACCAGUUCCUGCUUCAUCAGCUAACAGUUCGUUUGCAGAGCCAGGAAAUGGUUCAUCAGCAUCAGCAUCAACAGCCACAGCAGCAACAGCAGCGGCGGCAGCGGCAGCGGCAGUGCGUCGCAGAAGUGGGUUUUUUUCUUCGGCCAAAGUGGUCACGGAGGACCGGCGUCAGUUUGCAUUUGUGCGGCGUAAAAAGUCGUCAUCUUUGCUGGGUUUAGGAGAUGGCAAUAACCAACAAUCAACAGCUCAACAAGCUUGUCAGCCAAAGCAGCGCAAGUUUGGAGCCAGUUUUACUACGACUACAUCCAAGUUAACGGCGAAAAACUCGCGUGCCAGUGAAGCUCCCAAAGGUACAGGGGUUGUGAUUGAAAGUACACCUGAAAAGAAACGAUAUUACGAUGAGGAAGAUCGGUUUGAGCAUCUCCAUUAUUUGGGGAAGCAACAACAGACUAAUUUACAUUUUAAUAAUACAAAUGUGACGGUUCGCCGGCGCACAACAAUGCGGCCGAGUCCGUCGAAGUUGGAUGAUGAAGAGAUGGUUAUCAAGGAAACCCCACAAAAGGAUAUGAAGUCUCGCGACUAUAAUCCCUUUAGGACAAACUCCUCGGACUACUCCACGCCACACAAAAAGCAGCGGAUCGAAAAAACACAAACUAAGGCCGAGGAAGGAAAAAUUGAUGAAGAUAAAGAAGAUGAAGAUGAAGAUGAAGAAGAAGAAGAAGAAGAAGAAGAAGAAGAAGAAGAAGAAGAAGAAGAAGAAGAUGAUAAUUUUGUUGUACCAAAUACCGAUUUUUCCACGGGUCGUAAGAAAGCUCAAGCCCUUGACUUGGAUAGCUCUGAUCCAUUUAAGGACGAAGAGGCGGCCAUAGCUGGGCUGUUGAAACAUAGUGUACCGUCUUUUUCCGCGCGACUUAGCUCCACAACACGCCAUAAAGAUUGGAUGUAG